GCACCCGCGGGUAUAAGACCGAAGCUUCGGCAUCCACAGACACACUCCAGACAGCAGCAGUCAUGGACGGGAUUGCUCGUACUGCAGGACAGCAAGCCGGUAAGGUGGUGGAAGGUGUCGUGAAGAAGGCCUUGGGUGGAAACAAGCAGCAGGAGGGUGAGCAGAAGAAGGAAGGAGGAGGAGGAGGAGGAGGCUUCGGCGUGGGAGACGUCCUCAAACUGGCCGGUGGAAACAAGAAUGAGGAUCAAGGAGGAGCAGGAGGAGGAGGAAGAGGAGGCUUCGGCGUGGGAGACGUCCUCAAACUGGCCGGUGGAAACAAGAAUGAGGAUCAAGGAGGAGCAGGAGGAGGUAUGGGGAACGCUCUCGGGGGGCUCUUUAAGUAGGAAGCCAGAGGUCCAGAUUCUCCUGCAGCCUCCUCAAACCUCAGUCUGCAGCCGCCUGAGAUGAAAGUGUCCAACCGAACUGAUGGGAAACUGCUUCUCUGAAAAUGUGUAUAUUCAUAUAUGUUCAUUGGUUUAAAGGAAAUCCUGAAUGAGAGCUCUUUUAUUGGGAAUACUUUAAAAUAAGUGCUUCUGAAAUGUACACAAAGUAAAAAAAAAUUAUGUGAAAAUGAAAUAAACUUGUUCAAAUAACAUGGAU